UUUCACUUUCUCUUAGUUUAGCGAUUGGGAUAGAAGACUUCAAACCACAACAGAAAAUAAUCCCACAGCUGCAGGUGGCACACAAGAUGAAAUACUACACAGUUGCGACUGGCAAUACUUUGGAUUCUCAUAUUCAGUUUAUGAGACAAUUCAACAACACCACAAGAUGUUUUAUGGAAGUCAAGUCGCCAGUGGAGAGUGAUGUCAUCAUGGCUUUCUGUCCCAUCGUCUCCCGCGCCGGGACUGAUAUUGAAGCAGCACUGCAACAGAUUCCAACUGGUAAAGAUGUCAUUCUGGUAGUGCUGCAUCACACCUUCAACCCAGACUACACUGUACCUGACAUCAGCAGACUAGUGACCAGAAGUGAUGUAAUACUCACAGUGGACUGUCUGUUCCAUGAGAGCCAGGGAGGACUACUGGACUGUCCUCACAAUGAUGCAGCAGUCAGCGUGAUUCUGAGGAAGCUGAACCUACAGCCAAAGACCAGACAUCUUGGCAUUCCAGCUGUGAUUCUGAGCUGUGUUGUGUUAGUCUUGUGGCACAUUUCAGGAUCCAUGUUGGAACACAGAGUGCCACCCAAGUUGAAAUACUACACAGUUGAGACUGGCAAUACUUUGGAUUCUCAUAUUCAGUUUAUGAGUCAACUCAACAACACCACAAGAUGUUUUACGGAAGUGAAGUCGCCAGUGGAGAGUGAUGUCAUCAUGGCUUUCUGUCCCAUCGUCUCCCGCGCCGGGACUGAUAUUGAAGCAGCACUGCAACAGAUUCCAAUUGGUAAGGAUGUCCUUCUGGUAGUGCUGCAUCACACCUUCAACCCAGACUACACUGUACCUGACAGCAGCAGACUAGUGACCAGAAGUGAUGUAAUACUCACAGUGGACUGUCUGUUUCAUGAGAGCCAGAGAGGACUACUGGAGUGUCCUCGCAAUGAUGCAGCGGUCAGCAUGGUUCUGAAGAGGCUGAAUGUACAGCCAAAGAGAGGUGCAGGGGGCCCAACGCUCCUACCCUCCAGGCCACCUGCCGCCCCCCGGAACAGAUCACAUCAAACCACAACUUCAGUACAGUCAACAGAAAAUAAUCCCCUAGCUGAAGAAUCCAUGUUGGAACACAGAGUUGGUAAGGAUGUCCUUCUGGUAGUGCUGCAUCACACCUUCAACCCAGACUACACUGUACCUGACAGCAGCAGACUAGUGACCAGAAGUGAUGUAAUACUCACAGUGGACUGUCUGUUUCAUGAGAGCCAGAGAGGACUACUGGAGUGUCCUCGCAAUGAUGCAGCGGUCAGCAUGGUUCUGAAGAGGCUGAAUGUACAGCCAAAGAGAGGUGCAGGGGGCCCAACGCUCCUACCCUCCAGGCCACCUGCCGCCCCCCGGAACAGAUCACAUCAAACCACAACUUCAGUACAGUCAACAGAAAAUAAUCCCCUAGCUGAAGAAUCCAUGUUGGAACACAGAGCUGGUAAAGAUGUCAUUCUGGUAGUGCUGCAUCACACCUUCAACCCAGACUACACUGUACCUGACAGCAGCAGACUAGUGACCAGAAGUGAUGUAAUACUCACAGUGGACUGUCUGUUUCAUGAGAGCCAGGGAGGACUACUGGAGUGUCCUCGCAAUGAUGCAGCGGUCAGCAGGAUUCUGAAGAGGCUGAAUGUACAGCCAAAGAGAGGUGCAGGGGGCCCAACGCUCCUACCCUCCAGGCCACCUGCCGCCCCCCGGAACAGAUCACUUCAAACCACAACUGCAAUAGAGUCAACAGAAAAUAAUCCCAUAGCUGAAGAAUCCAUGUUGGAACACAGAGCUGGUAAAGAUGUCAUUCUGGUAGUGCUGCAUCACACCUUCAACCCAGACUACACUGUACCUGACAGCAGCAGACUAGUGACCAGAAGUGAUGUAAUACUCACAGUGGACUGUCUGUUUCAUGAGAGCCAGGGAGGACUACUGGAGUGUCCUCGCAAUGAUGCAGCGGUCAGCAGGAUUCUGAAGAGGCUGAAUGUACAGCCAAAGAGAGGUGCAGGGGGCCCAACGCUCCUACCCUCCAGGCCACCUGCCGCCCCCCGGAACAGAUCACUUCAAACCACAACUGCAAUAGAGUCAACAGAAAAUAAUCCCAUAGCUGAAGAAUCCAUGUUGGAACACAGAGUUGGUAAAGAUGUCCUUCUGGUAGUGCUGCAUCAUACCUUCAACCCAGACUACACUGUACCUGACAGCAGCAGACUAGUGACCAGAAGUGAUGUAAUACUCACAGUGGACUGUCUGUUCCAUGAGAGCCAGGGAGGACUACUGGAGUGUCCUCACAAUGAUGCAGCGGUCAGCAUGGUUCUGAAGAGGCUGAAUGUACAGCCAAAGAUUGGAGCUGAAGAACGGAUCAGAAUCCCUGAGCAGGGUAACAUGCUGACCAGACAUCUUGCCAUUCUAGCUGUGAUUCUGAGCUGUGUUGUAAUGGUGUUGUGGCACAAUUUGGGAUCCACGUUGGAACACAGAGUGGCACCCAAGUUGAAAUAUUACACAGUUGAGACUGGCAAUACUUUGGAUUCUCAUAUUCAGUUUAUGAGUCAACUCAACAACACCACAAGAUGUUUUACGGAAGUGAAGUCGCCAGUGGAGAGUGAUGUCAUCAUGGCUUUCUGUCCCAUCGUCUCCCGCGCCGGGACUGAUAUUGAAGCAGCACUGCAACAGAUUCCAACUGGUAAAGAUGUCAUUCUGGUAGUGCUGCAUCACACCUUCAACCCAGACUACACUGUACCUGACAGCAGCAGACUAGUGACCAGAAGUGAUGUAAUACUCACAGUGGACUGUCUGUUCCAUGAGAGCCAGGGAGGACUACUGAACUGUCCUCGCAAUGAUGCAGCAGUCAGCAGGGUUCUGAGGAAGCUGAACAUACAGCCAAAGACCAGCCUUGAUGCCGUUCUAGUUGUGAUUCAGAGCUGUGUAACGGUGUUGUGGCAGAAUUUGGGAUCCAUGUUGGAACACAGAGUGGAACACGAGAUUAAGUACUACACAGUUGAGACUGGCAAUACUUUGGAUUCUCAUAUUCAGUUUAUGAGACGACUCAACAACACCACAAGAUGUUUUACGGAAGUCGAGUCGCCAGUGGAGAGUGAUGUCAUCAUGGCUUUCUGUCCCAUCGUCUCCCACGCCGGGACUGAUAUUGAAGCAGCACUACAACAGAUUCCAACUGGUAAAGAUGUCAUUCUGGUAGUGCUGCAUCACACCUUCAACCCAGACUACACUGUACCUGACAGCAGCAGACUAGUGACCAGAAGUGAUGUAAUACUCACAGUGGACUGUCUGUUCCAUGAGAGCCAGAGAGGACUACUGAACUGUCCUCGCAAUGAUGCAGCAGUCAAACAGAUUAGGCUGAAGCUUGACAUGUGGCCAGUGUCUUCAGUCUACAGCUACCUCUGUACACAGCUUUCAUAUGUGAAGCGGCGCUUCUGGGACAAUAAUUAGGUUCAAAGUAGGUUG